CACUUACUAAACCACCAACAAAAAAGUUACCACAAACAAAAAGAAAACCUUUUUCCACUUUCACAAAAUUCCAAACUCAAGAACCAACAAUGUCCACCAUUUCACGCUUCAUCACAAUAACCUUCUUCACCAUUUGCAGCAUAACUUGUGUAACUGAAUCCAUUGGUGUGAAUUGGGGCACCAUGGCUUCACACCCAUUACCACCCAUUAAAGUAGUGAAGCUUUUGAAGUCCAACAACAUCAACAAAGUAAAGCUCUUUGAUGCAAAACCUGAUGUUCUUCAAGCUCUUUCUGGGUCUAACGUUGGUGUCACUGUUGGUAUUCCUAACAUUAUGCUUAGAAGCUUAAACUCUUCUAGAAAAGCUGCGGAUAAUUGGCUUCAUGAUAAUGUUACCCGUUAUGUUUCUAAUGGAGGCGGUGGAACUCGAAUUGAAUAUGUUGCUGUUGGUGAUGAGCCGUUUCUCAAAAGUUACGGCGAACAAUUCCAUCCCUUCAUAAUUGGAGCUGCUAUGAACAUUCAAGCUGCGUUAAAGAAAGCAAAAUUGGACAACAAAGUGAAAGUUGUAGUUCCAUGCAGCUUUGAUAGUUUUGAGUCUAGAUCCAACCUGUCCUCUGAAGCGCAUUUUAGGUCCGACAUCAACAAAACCAUGAUCGAGCUCCUCGCGUUUCUCGACAAGCACAGAUCGCCUUUCUUCGUGACCAUUUCUCCGUUCAUAACCUUCCUUCAGACCAAAAACAUUUCACUGGAUUUUUCACUCUUUAAAGAAACCGCGCACCCUCAUAAACUUAGCCACAAAACAUACAAAAAUAGCUUUGAUUUGAGCUACGAUACUGUUAUUACCGCGUUAUCAACAGUAGGAUUUCCUAAUAUGGAAAUUGUUGUUUCAAAGAUUGGUUGGCCAACAGACGGAGCUGCGAACGCAACAUCAAACCUCGCAGAAACCUUCAUGAAAGGGCUAAUGAACCACCUUCAUAGCAACUUAGGAACCCCGCUUCGACCACAUCAGCCACCACAUGAAACAUACAUUCACAGCCUUCUAGACGAGGAUCAAAGGAGCAUUGCUGGUGGAAACUUCGAAAGGCAUUGGGGUUUAUUCACCUUCGAUGGCCAAGCGAAGUACCAUGUUGAUCUCGGCCAGGAUUCAAAGAGUCUUGUGAAUGCUCAAGAUGUUGAGUAUCUUUCUUCCAAGUGGUGUGUUGUGAACAACAAUAAAGACUUGUCUAAUGCAACUGCAAGUGCUUUAGAGGCUUGUGCAAAUGCUGAUUGCACUGCACUAUCUCCUGGUGGAUCUUGCUUUAACAUCACAUGGCCAAGUAACAUAUCAUAUGCUUUUAACAGUUAUUAUCAGCAGCAUGAUCAGAAAGCCGAAAGCUGCAAUUUUGGAGGUCUCGGUUUAAUCACAACCGUUGAUCCGUCCAUGGAUCAUUGUAGGUUUCCAAUUGAGAUUCACACUUCUCACGCAGAAUUUUACAGGGUGGUUAGUUUCCAAUGGAUGAUUCUACUUGUAACGACCCUUUUGGCAUCUUUGGGGGUUUGACAUAAGUAAAAAAUUAGGAUCAUUUUUGCAGCUCAUGGCCUGUGGUAAUCUUGUAGAUGUUUGUUGAUGAGUUAAAAUGGUUAGCUCUUUUUGUAGUUAAUUUAUUCAUGCAAUUAAAGUAUUCAGGUUAUCAAUUUUGUUUGCAUGUUCCAUGGUUAUUUAGUGGAUGUGAUUGAACAUGAGAUACCAUUUCCUGAAUUUGAGUUGUUCUUGAGGAAGGUUCUAUUGAUUGUUAAGUUUUGAUCAAUUAUAGGCUUGAUCUCUUU